CGGAAGUGCAAUGUGUUGUAACUGAAUGUGUUGUAGGAUGGCUACAGAAGUUAUUCACUGUAUCUAAAACCAAUUUUUGUUUAUUUUAGCUCUGUGCGCUCAGUGCUGACAUGGCACACAGAUAUCUCCACCUCUACAGAGGCUGCAGGAACCUUUACAGCGUUUUUCUGCCUAAUUUCAGAUCACUAAAAGCGGCGCGACUGGUAUCUACGCAGACCGAGGCCCUGCAGAAACGAGUGCUGCUUUCUCAGGUGUUGGACACGUACAGAAGGUUAUGCUCAAAGCCUCCGAAAGGAUUUGAAAAAUACUUCCCAAAGAAUGGCGAGUCCAAACCUCCCAACGCAGAGGCCCAAGAGGCCAAGCCGAACAAUGCGCAGAAGAACUCUGGGAAGUCUGAGGGUGGAGGAGGAGGAGGAGCUGGUGGGGGUGGAGGCAAAAAGGGAGGAAAGAAGGAUGAAAACACCUGGUAUAACCGUCUCCAAAAGGGGGAAAUUCCGUGGGACGACAAGGAUUUCCGGAUGUAUGUAAUGGUUUCAGCGAUUUUUUGGGCAGUAGUGGCUAAUUUCUUCUUCCGGGAUACAGGAAAGGAAGUCACCUGGAAGGACUUUGUUAAUGGCUACCUGGCUAAAGGAGUCGUCGACCGGUUGGAGGUUGUGAACAAGCGCUUUGUGAAAGUUAUAUUCGCUCCGGGAAAAGCAGAAGCUGAUGGCAAAUACGUGUGGUUCAACAUCGGCAGCGUGGACACGUUUGAGCGGAAUCUGGAGACGGCUCAGAUGGAGCUGGGUAUCGAAGGAGAGAACAGGCUGCCUGUGGUUUACUCCACUGAGAGCGAUGGCUCCUUCCUGCUCAGCAUGCUUCCCACUGCGCUUAUCAUCGGCUUCCUGCUCUUCAUGCUGCGUCGAGGACCCGCGGGCGCCGGGCGGCCCGGCAGGGGCAUGGGCGGUCUGUUCAGCGUCAGUGAGACCACGGCAAAAGUUCUGCGUGACGAGAUCGACGUCAAAUUCAAGGACGUGGCCGGCUGCGAGGAGGCCAAGCUGGAGAUCAUGGAGUUUGUUAACUUCUUGAAGAACCCCAAGCAAUACCAGGACCUUGGGGCCAAGAUCCCUAAGGGUGCCAUUCUGACCGGACCUCCCGGUACUGGUAAGACCCUGUUAGCGAAGGCGACCGCAGGCGAAGCGAACGUCCCCUUCAUCACUGUUAAUGGCUCUGAAUUCCUAGAGAUGUUUGUGGGUGUCGGUCCAGCCAGGGUUCGAGAUCUUUUUGUUCUGGCACGCAAGAACGCCCCCUGCAUCCUCUUCAUCGACGAAAUCGACGCCGUGGGGAGGAAAAGAGGCAGGGGCAGUUUCGGAGGGCAGAGUGAGCAGGAGAACACGCUCAAUCAGCUACUAGUGGAAAUGGACGGGUUUAACACUGCCACCAACGUCGUGGUUCUGGCUGGUACGAACAGACCGGACAUCCUGGAUCCAGCACUGCUGAGACCUGGCCGCUUCGACAGGCAGAUAUACAUCGGUCCUCCAGAUAUCAAAGGCAGAGCUUCGAUAUUUAAAGUCCACCUAAGACCACUGAAGCUGGAUGAAGAAUUGGACAAGGAGAAUCUAGCGAGGAAGAUGGCUGCUCUGACACCUGGAUUUUCAGGCGCUGACAUUGCUAACGUGUGUAACGAGGCGGCGUUGAUCGCAGCUCGCCACCUCUCUGACGCCAUCACACAGAAACAUUUUGAGCAAGCUAUCGAGCGUGUGAUUGGAGGCUUAGAAAAGAAGACGCAGGUGUUGCAGCCUGAGGAGAAAAAAACGGUAGCAUACCAUGAGGCUGGACAUGCCGUAGCUGGGUGGUACCUGGAGCAUGCAGAUCCUCUGUUAAAGGUGUCCAUCAUCCCACGUGGUAAAGGUUUGGGCUACGCCCAGUACCUUCCAAAAGAGCAGUAUCUCUACACCAAGGAGCAGCUGCUGGACCGGAUGUGCAUGACGCUCGGCGGCCGUAUCGCCGAGGAGAUAUUCUUCGGUCGCAUCACCACCGGAGCACAGGACGACCUGAGGAAGGUGACGCAGAGCGCAUAUGCACAGAUAGUGCAGUUUGGGAUGAACGAGAAGGUGGGUCAGGUAUCGUUCGACCUCCCUCGGCAGGGAGAUCUGGUUCUGGAGAAGCCGUACAGCGAGGCAACGGCACGCCUGAUCGAUUCGGAGGUGCGGGAUCUUAUUAACAACGCCUACGAGCGCACAAAGAAGCUGCUGACGGAGAAGAAGCCCGACGUGGAGAAGGUGGCGCUACGUCUGCUGGAGAAGGAGGUCUUGGAUAAGAGCGACAUGGUGGAGCUCCUGGGCCGGCGGCCGUUCGCCGAAAAGUCGACGUACGAGGAAUUCGUGGAGGGCACAGGAGGACUGGACGAGGACACGUCGCUCCCCGAGGGACUGAAAGACUGGAAUAAGGAACGAGGGAGCGAGAAGGAGGAGAGCACGGAGGAGCAGGUGGCGCGUCAGAUCGGAGGCGGCAUGCCGUUCUAAACCCAAUCCUCCACCAGAGGGUGACAUUUACAGUAGUGAGCCAGAGGGAAAUGUAAUGAGGUUUGGGUUUGGGUCGGGUCGGGGCUGGUCAUGUGACCUUCCUGAAUCCACACACAGACCUUCUCUGUAUCAGGUUGGUGUGUGUGCUGCAUAGAUGGAAAGGUGUUUUGUUUUUUUUUAAAUGGAGAGAUGUUCUAGCUGUUGCUCGGGUGGGUUUUGGGAACGCGCCACUGAAGAUCCAUAUUUUGGAAUUUUGCUUCACUGACUUAAAAAAAAUGAGCAGAAGUAAUAUAUGACGAAUUUUCCUUAAGAAAAUGUAUAUAAAAGAUGUAUGAAGAAACAAAAAAUGGAAUUAAAUGCUCAUAGUUGCUUCUGUGAAGAUCGCAUACCACACAGUGCAUCGCUCGUGUCUGCUUUCUCAAAUCAGAUCAAUAGAAAGGAACAGAACUGUUGUGAUUUUUCACUAGAUAUGAGAAAAAAGCUGAAAAAAACCCCCAACAAAAAGCAUGAUGUCAUCUUAACACUGUUGUCGAGCACUCGGUUACUGCAUUUUCUGCAGUGUUUUCUUUUAAUUUAAAUAAAUACGUCAGAGUUGUUUAAUCUAACGUCUAUCUACUACAUCUGUAGUGUAUAAGUUUCCCCGUACUGAGAGAGGAACCGAUUCUGUAUUUCUAUAACUGUCCUCGAUGUACAUAAAGCAUCAUGAAGAGUCAUGAAGACUGUUGCUUAAGUGUAUUUGCAAAUGAAGCCUAAAAGUCUCUGCCAAAGUGAUGAUCUUGCUUACUUCCUUCUUCUUUUCUCAGUACAGAUACAUCCACAGAGGUAUGGAUGGAUAUUAGAUUUAAAAUACAUUGCGAAGAAGCAGGCACUUACAUCAUCUGUGCGCUUUGUAACAUAUAAGCCAUUAUAUAUAAAUGUAUAUUUCUGUCUAAAAACAAUCCUACUCUAUGAUUUGGCUUGGAUAUAUUAGUAAUUUCAAUAGUACACCCCUUCGCUGAUUAAAACUGACCAUCUUUUUACCUAGCUGCUGUUCCGUGACAUCAAAUGUUAUGAUGGACAGAUUAAAAUAUGGCAUUUAAUUCUUAAUUUAAAAACAAGGCCAUGCUGUUAUAGGAAAUGAAUCAACUUCAAGGAGGUAACUGAAAUCUGUGCCAUGGAUUAUUUACCUACAGCACACACCUUUCAGCACCGAGGGUUUCAUUCAUUGCUUAUUAAUUGUAGUUGUAUUUUGUGCAGUGUUUGAAUAAAUGUAGAUAAAUAUGUGGUUAUGAUA